CAACGAGCCCCCCCAAAACAGUCUUUUCUCAACGGUGGUUCAGUGUGUUUGUGCCGAUGGUGUUUGCUUUUGCCUUCGACAACGGCAGCAGUUACAUUGUUAAUUGCGGCAGAUUAGUUGCAGGCCACAAGGAAACAAGAACAACAAGCGAGAUCGGACCACUUAAACCGGAAAUAGACCAUUAAACGCUCUCACACACACACACACGCACGCACGAACAAAGGCAUCAUAUGGUGGAAAAGCCAAGCCGCUAAACAACAAACGGCGCUCUCUAUCUCUUUGCCGCUGCUUCUGCUGCUGCUGCUGCUGCUCUCUCAAGGUCGUCGGCUCAGACGCCAGCGCCGACGAACUUCACUCCACCCCCACUCGCAACAAGACGCAACUCGAGCCGCAACACGCAACAUUGGGGAGAAGAGCCAUUGGCCAUUCGCCAUUCGCCAUCCAUCAGCCAGCGAGCUAAAUCAGUAUUCGAGCAACUCUCGACGCGAAUGCAAGUGAGGUAAAUUGCCAGCGCUCAAAAGUAGGCAACACUUGGGUCUAACGGUGAACGGCGAACGCUUAACGGUUAACGGUGUGCGUUGUGUACGGCAAGCGGAAACGGAAGUAAACACUCGUUGGCGCGCGCUCGCUUGAUUGAAUUUGAAAGGGUUCAACCGAAAGCAACUAGCGAUCAGCAGAUCGAAGCAAACUGAGGAUAUCGAAGCGCACUGAAGAUCCGACAAGACGAAUAUCGUUUAUCUACGCGCGCGUUGUAUUAAAAAAGAGUUAAAGUGCAUUUCCUAAAUAUACCAACCUUUUUAACUCCGUUUGUUGCAUUGGAUCAACGAUCACCGUUGACGGUGGAUUCCUCCUGCCCCAAACGGAAAAAAUGCGAUAUGGACCGAGAGCGCGAAAGAGAUGUCAAGGCCCUGGAGCCACGCGACUUAUCCUCCACGGGCCGCAUUUACGCCAGAAGCGAUAUUAAAAUCAGCUCCUCGCCAACCGUCUCGCCAACGAUCUCAAACUCCUCUUCGCCCACACCGACGCCACCCGCCAGUUCCUCAGUGACGCCGCUGGGCUUGCCCGGAGCGGUGGCAGCUGCUGCCGCCGCCGUCGGAGGAGCCUCCUCGGCGGGGGCCAGUUCCUAUUUGCACGGCAACCACAAGCCCAUCACUGGGAUUCCGUGUGUGGCCGCCGCCUCCCGCUAUACGGCACCCGUUCACAUCGACGUGGGCGGGACCAUCUACACCAGCUCACUGGAGACGCUCACCAAGUACCCGGAGUCGAAGCUGGCCAAGCUCUUCAAUGGCCAGAUACCCAUCGUGCUGGACUCGCUGAAGCAGCACUAUUUCAUCGAUCGCGAUGGGGGCAUGUUCCGCCACAUUCUGAACUUUAUGAGAAACUCAAGACUUCUGAUUGCCGAAGACUUUCCGGACCUGGAGCUGCUGCUGGAGGAGGCUCGCUACUACGAAGUGGAGCCGAUGAUUAAGCAGCUGGAGAGCAUGCGCAAGGAUCGCGUUCGCAACGGCAACUAUUUGGUGGCGCCACCCACUCCACCGGCUCGCCACAUCAAGACGAGCCCGAGGACCAGCGCAUCGCCGGAGUGCAAUUACGAGGUAGUGGCGCUGCACAUCUCGCCGGACCUUGGCGAACGCAUAAUGCUGUCGGCGGAACGGGCUCUGCUCGACGAGCUCUUCCCGGAGGCCAGCCAGGCGACACAGUCGAGUCGCAGCGGAGUGUCCUGGAACCAGGGCGACUGGGGGCAAAUCAUCCGCUUCCCCCUCAACGGCUACUGCAAGCUGAACUCGGUGCAGGUGCUCACCCGACUCCUCAACGCCGGCUUCACCAUCGAGGCCAGCGUUGGGGGCCAGCAGUUCUCCGAGUAUCUGCUGGCGCGACGCGUUCCAAUGUGAUAGGCUCUGGCUAGGGAUUCCCCAGCUCCCCAAGAAGCUGCAGAUGUAGCACUGAUUCCGUCGGCUUCUGUAGCUUCUGUUUCCGGUUCCGGUUCGGAUUCGGGUUCGGGUUCGGCAUCGGGCUCUUUGCGACGCGGGCGUCUGAUCCAUGUGCGUUGCAGGCGCUGAUAGAUCUGGGUUAGGUGAACCAGAAUCGCAGGUGGGGAGAGUAGUCUAUGAACAAUUCCAAGUGAUACAAAGUACUGAGAAGAAGGGCAAUGAAAAAUCAAGUGUUAUGCCGAAUUGUUUAUAUAUCCAACACAUUUAAACUCGAUCCACCACCGUUUCGGGGACUGCGCAUUGCUGCUCUGAGCAGUAAAAUACAUAAUUUAGAAAUACUUGGACACCGUUCGGUGAGGAUGCAAGUUCUGAAUCUGAAUCCAAAUGUUAUUUAAUGUUUAUCAAUUAAGUUUGCUGGCACGGACACUGAACGCAAACACGCUCGUGUGUAUUAUUAAGCAUUUACAGAGCCAAGAGCCCAGCACUGAUUUUGUUUUUUAGCCUUGAGUUUAAGUCGAUAUUGUUUUCUCUAAGUGUACCACCUAAUGCUAAUGACCCUAAGUUGUUUCAUCGAGUUGGCCAGGGAUAUUAGCUGGCUUAAAUUAUUGUAACACACACGGAAAACUAUGGUAGUAUCAACUCACAGCGAAAAUAGUUUUGUAGUACUUAAUUGAUGUAAUUGAACCUUUAUGAAUGUAAACUAUGGGAUAACUUUUUCAAUAUAUACGAUCCGACGUCUAAAUAGUCUACACCAAUUCAAAUACAAUUACAUGCAAAUAUAGAUAUAUUCAACAAAAUACAGUUUGCGACCACGCCCUCUAUAGAACAACCACUCAAUUGAAUAUUUAAAUAAAGAAAAAACAUA